AUGUCCGUAAGAAUAGACUUUAUCGACUUGGAAAUCUGCAAACAGCGCGGAAUAUGGGUGCUAGAUUGUGCAAACGCCAAUACCAACUCUGUGGCCAAACAUGAGGUCGGAUUAUAUUUGGCUGCUCGAAGAAAAGUGGUCGAACUGCCUCAACGGACUAUACGCGGGGAAUGGGCAGACCAGGGAGCCCUGCUCGGAAUACUACGCGACCACAACGAUCGAAGACCGUUGUCUCUCAAAGACGAGAAAGUUGGGAUUGUCGGCUAUGGUUCGAUUGGUAUGGCGCAUCAGCCUAGAGGCGACACUUAUAACAAACUGACCAUUGCGUCCGAGCUAGGCCGACAGAUUGUAGAUAUUUGUACCUCGCUUAGGAUGAGUGUAUGUCUUUGA